AUGGAUAGGGGGAGCAACUCUAUUGAAUCCGUCGUCAACACCGUCGUCUUCACUUUGUUCCCGACAAUCAUCGAAGCACUCGUAGUCACCGCUAUUUUCUUCAAGUUGGGCACGCCCUGGAUCGCCAUUACUACCUUAGCCACUGUCAUCGCGCCGAUAACAAGCUGUCCGGUACGUUCAUCAUCUCUCAUUUACUCAUACCUGCCUAACCACUCGCUCUCGUCACCUGACUCUCGUUCUGCCGUUGACAUCCUCAUCAACUAUGAGACUGUCAAAAUGUUCGGCAUGGAGCAAGAAGAAGCUUCGACCUACGCAGCUCUCCAAAAAGCUUACCAAGACAUCUACAUCUGGUUCCGUCUCACCCGCAACGCAAUCAGCCUGGGGCAGGACGCCAUCAAAUCUAUAGGUUUGGGAAGUGCCAUGGUGCUUGCGGCCAUCGGUGCUGCGCAUGGCAACUUGACCCCGGGAGAUUUUGUCCUGAUCAAUGCAUAUGCGGCGCAGCUUUUUGGGCCGUUAUUCUCCUUGGGCUCGACGUAUCGAACGCUAACCCAAGCUGCCACAGACUUAGAGAAGUGCGUCAACCUGUUGACUGAACCCAUUACCGUCCAGGAUGAUGCGAACGCUAAGCCGUUCGAAGUAGAAGAAGAAGCGCUCGUAGAGAAGCGCGUUGGCGACGUCAGGUUUGAGAACGUUUCUUUCAAAUAUCACGGUACGGAAAGAGGGUCAAGCGGUGGCCUGCGUAACAUCUCCUUCCAUGUUGCUCCAGGGAGAAUGGUUGCGUUCGUUGGAGCUUCUGGAGCGGGCAAGAGCACAAUCAUUCGGCUGUUGCUGAGAUUCUAUGAUGUCGAUAGCGGGUCAGUGUUUAUCGAUGGCGAGAAUGUAAGGAACUAUUCUCAGGAGUCUCUACGCAAGCAAAUUGGAGUUGUCGCGCAAGAUACGAUCUUGUUCAACCGAUCUCUGCGAUUCAAUAUUUCAUACGGCAAACCGGAUGCAUGUGAUGCUGAAAUUUAUGACGCUGCACGUUCGGCUGCUUUGGGAGACUUCGUUGAUUCUCUCCCGCUGAAGCUGGACACCAUUGUCGGAGAGCGGGGAGUGCGCCUAUCAGGAGGGGAACGACAGCGCGUAGGGUGCGCCAGGUGUCUGAUCAAGGCACCCGCUAUUGUUCUGCUUGACGAGGCGUCGUCAUCAUUGGACACGCAAACGGAAAGAGAAAUGCAGGCAAACCUGCGGGAAGUAUGCAAGAACCGAACCACGAUCGUGAUUGCACAUCGACUGUCUACAAUCAUGAUGGCGGACGAGAUCAUUGUCCUUGGCACAGAUGGCGCAGAAGAGGGCCUUGGUACCGUUGUCGAGAGAGGGUCCCAUGCUGAGUUGAUACGGCAGAAGGGGUCAUACGCCGAAAUGUGGGACUUGCAGACGUCGUUCGAUAACGGCGAGUUGUCAGAAGCAUCCGAAGUCAAGGAUUCGAAGAAGUGAGUUGCCCUCGAAAGCGGCGCGACUUUGCUCCAUAAAUACAGUUGUGGAAUGCCAGAACCCCAUAUUUGUGCACAUGCAUGCCAUCGCCUGACGAGCAGCAGUCUUGCCGACAACACACAGGGCUAGAGCAUAUUGCGAACUGCCUGCACCAUGAAGUGAAGACUGUAUUUUGAAAGUAAAAUUAACUGGCUUCUUCU